AUGACUCGUCAAAAGUUCGUCAAGAUCACCCUGUUUUGUCACAAGAGGGCAGACAUCAGCGAUGAGGAAUUCCACCGAUACUGGGCCGUCGAACACCCCAAGGAGGUGAAGAAGUGCCGUCCGUUCAUGGACAGGGUUUGGCGAUACAACCAGUACCACAUAAGCCCAGAAAUGCGAAAAGAAGCGGCCACCAUAGGAGGGUCGACCGUCUUAGACUACGACGGUGGUGCAGAAUUCUGGGUCAAGGACAUCGAAGACUGGAAGGCCAUGAUCGCCGCGGAGGGCGGUCUCCUAACUCUUGUUGAGGAUGAGGCGAAAUUUGUCCAGCACCCGCUUGAUAUCAUGUACGGGUACGAGGAGUUGAUUGUUGGCGAAGAGAUCCCGUUCAACACCAAGCACCGCAAUCAGUGA